GCCUGCAUUUUAUUUGAGUCAUAUCCUUAAUCUCUGCCACUUGACUUCAGUGUCUACAAGCACACCAGAGACGAAACCAAGCAAUGACGAAUUCUCUGUGUCUCUCACCAAUCUUGUCCUUCAAUUCCAUCAACAAGCCUGGGUUAAUUAGCCAUGAAUAUGCCUCCAGGAAAGUUAGUUGGAUUGACAGCACCAAUCCGAGCUGUAAAAGUGGUGCUCUUCAACCUAUAAAGGCCGUCGAGAACCAACCGGGCACCAAAUCGAAUAACAUACCAGGCACCAAACCGAACAGCAUAAUCUGUGCUGAUUGUGAUGGAAAUGGUUGCAAGCAAUGCACUCAAUGCCUAGGUAAAGGAGUGAAUUCCGUGGAUCACUUCAAUGGGCAGUUCAAAGCCGGGGCAAUGUGUUGGCUUUGCAGGGGUAAGAAGGAGAUUCUGUGUGGAAGCUGCAAUGGUGCUGGAUUUCUUGGUGGUUUUCUGAGCUCAUUUGAUGAUUAGCACACAAUUUUCAGACAUGAUUUAUAUUUUCUUGGCUUCAAUGGGCCUUUUGAUUUUGUUGUAGCAUGUUAACCUGCAGAAGAUACUCUCUCUCUCUCUCUACUGUAUUUCUACAUACAAUAAAUAUUAUGAUGUAAUAUUAAUACACAUGUUUUUUUA